ACGUGCGUUGCGUGGGUGUAGAAAUAGCAGGGUGUGUUUUUCUUCAGUUUGGAAGAGGGGAAGAGGGAAAAGGCGAAACAAAAAAGAAAAGGGCUAGGGCUCCAAGAAGCAAGUCCAACAGUACACACACUUAUCUUGAAAAAAAAAGAAAAACCGACACGCGUAAAAAUCCGUCUGUUCCUCUCUUCACUUCACUUCGCUUCGCUUGUUUGCUUCUGAGGUCCUGCAUUGUCAGUUGGGACAUAGGAGGCCAAGAAGGAUAUGUCUUCUGAUAGUGCAAAGGAAAAUGCAUCUGUAGUUGAUUCUUCGGUGACUGAAUGGAAGCAUGACAUGGGAAACUCUGACGAUCCAGGAUCUUUGUUUCUUGUCAGAAAGCCCAAGCUACAAAGGUAAUGAGGAUGGCUAUCCUAUUAUGGCUGAAAAAGCAGGUCAUGAUCGGGUGGGAAAUUCAUCUAUAAACAAAAAGAGAAAAUUGUGUAAUACAAGAUAUUUCAUCAUUAAGAGUUUGAAUCAGCAUAAUAUCCAACUAUCAAUUGAGAAUGGGAUAUGGGCUACUCAAGUCAGGAAUGAACCAAUUUUGGAAGAAGCCUUUCAUAAUUCUGGUAGAGUCAUUCUAAUAUAUAGUGUCAACAUGAGUGGUUUCUUCCAAGGGUAUGCCCAAAUGAUAUCUUCUGUUGGGUGGAGGCACGACAAUUUAUGGAGCGAAGGAAGUGGUAAAAGUAAUCCUUGGGGUCGCAGUUUUAAGGUUAAGUGGCUGCGAUUAAAUGACUUGCCUUUCCAAAAGACGCUUCAUCUCAAGAAUCCACUGAAUGACUACAAACCUGUUAAAAUUAGCAGAGACUGCCAGGAACUACCUGAAGAUAUAGGAGAAGCCCUUUGUGAGCUAAUUGAUGGGGAGAGAGACACUGAUGGCAUGGUGAAAAGUUUUCCCAGGGAUGAUCUUCCUAUGAAAAGGCCUUGCAUUGAUCCUUCAUCUUACACAGGAGAUGGAGUGUAUACUGUCCCUCCACUGCAGAUGCCUUGGGGCAGGACACCCACACCUUAUCCUUCCUUCCUCUACCAGCAACAUGAUGAAGCAAGUAGAUUUCAUUUAGCACAUCAGGGACCUACUGGUGCUGGUUUCACUGACAAUGCUCUUAGCUCCGGUGCUUCAAAAGUUGCAAGGAUGAAACAGUCUCGAAACUCCACUAAUUUGCGAAUACACUGUGAAAUGCCUUCACGAACUGAUAUUUGGGGUUUGUCAGCAGAAAGCCCUCUUGCUAGUACUCUGACUGAUGAUGAUUUUCUUGAAAUGACAUAUGAAGAGUACCUGGAAGUCCAUAGCAGGAGCAUCAAGCAAUUAAAUCCCCCUGCAGCUGGACCAUCUCAGACAACACAUGAGCCUUCAAGAAGUAAGAAACAUGAUGACAAUUUAAACUCAAGUUUUGUAACUGACCUCGGCCACCCCCGUAAAAGGUCACACUCACGUAAUUCAUCUGAGAAAUGAUUGAAUAUCCACCAGAGAUUGAGGUUGUUAGAGUUUCUCCUGAUGACAGGGUUGUAUCUGGUGGAGUGUUGGAAUUUGCCAUAAGGCAGGCACUCAGUCAGUUGUAUCCCAGGAAUCGGGACUCAUGUUGUCAUGUUGUAUACCUAUGUACUUUAUUCGACGAUCUGAUUACAUAGUAGAUUUUUACUGGGGGUUUGUGACCAACCUGUACAGAAAUUAAAUUGGCUACGCUGUCCCUCCUAUUUUUACUAAUUGUGUUAUUUCAUUUUUUUCACCCUUUCCCCUCUGAUGGAGGGUGGAUUUGUGUAGUGCUGAACUAGAUUUAGAUACUCAAAUGCCUUUGUUUUGGUUAGGCAUAACAUUCUUUUGACUGAAGGACAGUAGAAAAUAGGGAUGUAAAAUAGUCAGCCUUUUAGUAUGUCUUCCAAUGCCAUAUAACUCUGAACCAACUGUUGUGAAUAGAAUAUUAAGAGCAUGUACACAAGUUUGGAAGCACUUUUCAGAA